CUGCAUUACGUAAAGGCAGAAAGGAAAUUCGCUGUAUAGCAUUGUUAAUUAUUCUAUUGUCACUUAUCAAUCCAAAUACCAUGUCUGGUAGAGGCAAAACUGGAGGAAAGGCCAGAGCGAAGGCAAAGUCCCGUUCAUCCCGCGCUGGCCUUCAGUUCCCCGUAGGACGUGUCCACAGGUUACUGCGCAAAGGCAACUAUGCGGAGCGUGUUGGUGCCGGAGCUCCUGUGUAUUUGGCUGCUGUGCUGGAAUAUCUAACGGCUGAGAUCCUCGAGUUGGCUGGCAACGCUGCAAGGGAUAAUAAGAAGACCAGGAUCAUCCCCCGCCACCUUCAGCUGGCUGUCCGCAACGACGAGGAACUCAACAAGCUUUUAGGUGGUGUCACCAUCGCGCAAGGAGGAGUAUUGCCUAACAUUCAGGCGGUCCUCCUACCCAAGAAGACUGAAAAACCAGCAAAGAGCAAGUAACCAGCUACAGAUCACAACAAAACCUGAGCUCCGUUAAGUGCCAUCCACUUCUGUAUAAAGAGCCUCCUUUUCAAAUUUCAAUUCCAGCGCAUCCCGAUACUGGAUGCUUGCAGACGGACAAUGCUUCAUGUUAUUGGUUUCCACGAUGCGCAGGCACCGUCAUUGGACAAUUCAUAUAAAUGUAUGGACAUUUUCGUAGAACAUAUACCAAAUUUGCCACUGUCUUUUGGGUCUGGGCUAUAAAUGGUGGCGCAUUUGAGGGUGGGGUGAAUAACGCAAUAGCGAUUUCAUUGUAUGUUUUUAUUUAGUAGUACUGUAUCAACACAUUUUGUGCUAAACACAGUGAUGUCAUGAGGUCAGUCAAAUGUCUAUUUGACUGAAAUUGUUUAUUUCAAUAAAUGUUCUGUACUGAUACAGGGCACGCGCACAAACGUCA